GAGUUCUGGUGACAUCCACGCUGUGAAGUGCUUGUUUUCGUUCCGUCGGCUGUGGCUAGCCGCAUGUAAACCGCGUCGUAACGGCUUUCACACCUGACUUGACGCGGGACACCCGGGCUGUAGGGUUUCCUUUGUCCUCCGGAACUACUGUCGGACUGAGGGUCUCACACCCCGCGUAUUAUUCGGUGAGUUUAUCGUCAUGUUAUCAUCUGUUCCCACCAGGCUAAUUGCGCGAAGGUCGCGCAGCCUGUCACCGUGCAGCCGCGUACUCCAGACCAGCGCAAGUGGUGCCGCCUGCCUGGGCAUCCGCGAGACACCGGCGGAGGCGAACUGCAACCCCAUCGUUUCCACCUCCCGCGUCUCCAGGAGGGGGAUUCUGGCUGAGGAGACCACUGGUACCAGUGUCAACCCGUCGGUGCAGUACCACCAUCUCGCCCCUAGAUGGCUGUCCAACCUGGAGAACCGCCGCAACUCCUGGGCGUCUCUGGCCAGCAGAGGGCGCAACAGCAACCGUUACUGGGAGGAGAGCGGGCAGAGCGGCGGAGGUGAGGGCCAGGGAGCAGAUGGAGGAGCCGGCCGGGCAGGAGCGGCCUCUGCCGGUGUGCUAUCUGCUGCAGCCUUGGCCUUCUGUCUGAAGAAAGACUCUGAUGACAAAGGUGAUGCUCUUCUGGAGGCGGCAAGGACCAAUAAUUUUCAAGAUGUGGCCAGGCUCUUAAAGGAAGGGGUGGACCCAAAUCACCGCCACCGCCUCGGUUGGACCGCUCUCAUGGUGGCUGCCAUGAACCGACAGCACGGGUCUGUAGUGGUGAAGGUUCUGCUUGAAGCCGGUGCCGACCCAAACACUGGAGAUCACUUCAACAACGUUUACGACACCUCAAGGGAGAAAGGCAUCCACUCCCUGGAAGUGCUGGUGUCCAGAGAGGACGAGUUCAGCAGCAGGCUCAGCAGCAGGGCUGGUUUCCGAGGUUGCACUGCACUUCACUACGCCACGCUGGCUGAUGACCCACAGACCGUCUGCAUGAUGCUGGAGGCUGGUGCCAACCCCCUGCAGACCAACGGUUUGGGACACACAGCGCGGGCCUAUGCUAAGGAGGGAGAAGUGGGCACAGUACUGCUGGAGUGGGAGGGCAAAUUCCAGGAGGCGCAAGCUCGACGGGAGGCAGCGGAAAGGAGGAGGUUCCCCCUGGAGAGGAGGCUGAAGGAGUACAUCAUCGGACAGGAGGGGGCCAUCAAUACUGUGGCCUCAGCCAUCAGGAGGAAGGAGAACGGCUGGUACGAUGAAGAGCAUCCUCUCGUAUUCCUCUUCCUCGGUUCAUCAGGAAUCGGAAAGACAGAGUUGGCCAAACAGGUGGCCCGCUACAUGCACAAGGACAUUAAAAAGGGUUUCAUCCGUAUGGACAUGUCCGAGUUCCAGGAGAAACACGAGGUGGCAAAGUUCAUCGGCUCUCCGCCGGGGUAUGUGGGACACGAGGAAGGGGGUCAGCUGACCAAGCUGUUGAAGGCAUGUCCCACCGCUGUGGUCCUGUUCGAUGAGGUAGACAAGGCCCAUCCCGACGUCCUCACUAUCAUGCUGCAGCUCUUCGAUGAGGGCCGUCUCACAGACGGUAAGGGGAAGACCAUCGAAUGUAAAGACGCCGUCUUCAUCAUGACAUCUAAUGUUGCGAGUGACGAAAUUGCCCAGCAUGCACUGCAGCUCCGUCAGGAAGCGGAAGUGGUCAGCCGCAGGAAGUUCGCCGACAAGCUUGAGGAUGUACAGAAAAGCGACGACAUCAAAAUCCCCCGACAGUUUAAAGAAUCUGUGAUUCGACCAAUCCUGAAGGCUCAUUUCCGGAGGGACGAGUUUCUUGGGCGGAUCAAUGAAAUCGUAUACUUCCUGCCGUUCUGUCACUCAGAGCUGCUGCAGCUGGUCAGCAAGGAGCUCAACUUCUGGGCCAAGCAGGCCAAGCAGCGCCAUGACAUCACUCUUCAGUGGGAUCGCCCGGUGCUGGACCUGUUGGCGGGCGGAUAUAAUAUGCAUUAUGGAGCGCGCUCCAUCAAACAUGAGGUGGAGCGGCGGGUGGUCAACCAGUUGGCCGCGGCGUACGAGCAGGAGCUGCUGCCGAAAGGCUGCACGCUGCGUCUGUCCGUCCAAUCGGAGGGCGAGGAGGAGCAGAGCUCGCUCUGUCUGCGGCUCGAGGUGGUGGCAGAGGACAGCUCAUCGAGGACGCUGGACAUCCGUCCACCGCUCAGCCCCGAACACUGACAACAGGAACUAAGAACACGACACAGGAACACGAAGGAUCUAUAACAGAUAUGUAUGCACACGUUGUGUCAUCAUCAUCAUCAUCAUCAUCACUUGUUGAUGUUGCCAAUAAAAUUACCUCUGACAAACACAA